AGAGGACUUUUGUAUUUGGGUCUUUAUUGCCAUAGCUUAAAAGGGUGUCUCCUUUUUAGCCUCUGGCUUGAAAAGGCCUGAGCUUUGAUGGGUUUUUCCUGUAACAUCCUUGGUACUCUGAUGGAAUUCAUGGCUAUGACAGCUAUGCUGUACAAUUGCCUUUUCUUGGGCUUUGAAUCUCUCCCUUGGUACUGGGAGUUAUUUCAUCAGCUGAGGUUGUUGUGUUUCUCAUCAAAGGUGGGGUGGUCUCUGCCUGCUUCCUUGUUUCACUCCUCAGCUGCAAUCUGCAUGUGGAGGAAAAGUAAAUAGUACUGUGAUUUAUGGUUGAAUAGGCAAAGGUGGUGUGAAGGAGUUGAGAAUGGCAUCAGCUUCUUGUGGCAGUAAGAGGCCAUCACCUAUGAAAGAAACAUCCCCUUAUUACCCGAGUAAGAGGUCAUCACCUAUGAAAGAAACAUCCCCUAACUACCAUCCUUACCCUGCAUCUCUUGCAAAAUAUGACGAUGUUGCAAUCAAUCCUAGUCUCUUCAUGUCUACUUUGGAGAAGCUCCAUGCUUCUAUGGGGACAAAGUUCAUGAUCCCCAUCAUUGGAGGUAAAGAGCUAGACCUGCAUCGACUUUUUGUGGAGGUAACUUCACGUGGGGGUAUUGAAAAGAUUAUUAGAGAGCGAAGGUGGAAAGAAGUGACUGCUGUUUUCAACUUUCCUUCCACGGCUACAAAUGCUUCUUUUGUGUUGCGAAAGUACUAUGCUUCAUUGCUUCACCACUAUGAACAAAUAUACUUCUUUAAGGCCCGGGGAUGGGUCCCGUCUUCUGAUUCUAUGAUGAGCCCAUCCACGACGCCAGUUGCAGUUCAAAGAACAGAAACUCUGCAGCCAACACCAGAAAUGCAGGCAUUUUUCCAGCAACAAAGGAUAAAUACUGCACAAUUUCCUGGAGUAGGGUCUCCAGUGACUGGGGUCAUUGAUGGGAAAUUUGAAAGUGGAUACCUAGUUACUGUCAUGAUAGGUUCGGAGAAGCUAAAAGGUGUACUUUAUCAGGCUCCACAGAAUGACUUACAGCAAAUACCACGCAACUAUAGUGUCUUUGCCAGCAAAAAUAACAACCCUACUGUACCAGGCAUCCAUCGUCGCCGCCGCAGGAAGAAACAUGAGAUAAAACGGAGAGAUCCAGCUCAUCCAAAACCUAACAGAAGUGGAUAUAAUUUCUUUUUUGCUGAGCAGCAUGCAAGACUGAAACCGCUCCAUCCAGGGAAGGACAGAGAGAUCAGUAGAAUGAUUGGUGAACUGUGGAACAAGUUGAAAGAGUCGGAAAAAGCAGUUUAUCAGGAGAAAGCUGUUAAAGAUAAAGAAAGAUACAGAAUAGAGAUGGAGGAUUAUAGGGAGAGAUUGAGGUCAGGUCAAGUCAUCAGUGAUGCAGUACCACUUCAACAGCGGCUUCCCGGACAAGAUGUAAAUAUGGAAGCAGAUGCAAAGAUUGAAGAAAAUGAAGGAGAAGACUCUCAUUUGACACCUGAUCAUGAGAGUUCUGGUAAAAGUGAUUUUGAAGAUGAUAAAACUGCAGAGAAGGAUUCAGAUAUUGAAGCAUCUUUAGAAGUGGGAGUAGGUGCUGAGUCUAGUAAUGUGGGUAUGGAGACUUCAGCCGAGAAGGGUUUUGAGCUGCAGAAGAGGGAAGAUGAUGCUGGAGAUGACAAGGCUGAGGUAGGAGAUGAGAGUGAAGAAAUAUUAGGCAACACUGAAUCUGAGACUAUAAAAGAACCAGUAUCUGGUGACGAACAUUAAAACUUUUCAACACGAAGUAGGGGUCACUUUUGGUAUCCAUUAGAGCGAAGAAGAAAUCUUAGGUGAUCAUUAUCUGGGACUAAAUACUAGUACCUAGUGAAGCAAAUUGAAGUUUUCUAUAAGUAGGUUUAACUUUUUUCCAUUCUCGCUUUUACUUAUUUGUAGAGGCAAUUAGAUACAAUUGCUCACUUUUUAUUUUCAUCUGUUAGUAUUCGCUCCUUUGAUUUGUAAAUUCUGCAAGCUGUUGCAAAUUGUUACAUGUUUCAUUGGGAUAAGAAAGAGGUUUUGGCCAACAUCAGGCAGUUUUGUAGUAAAUGAAAAUUUCUGACUCAUAUCAUGAGCUUACAUUCUGUGUAAUAGGUCCCAAUUAGAUUGUUCUCUCUUUAUUUUUGGGUAAACCCAA